AUGACAAGUGUAGUAGUGAGUUAUAAGCAAAACCCACAGUUAGAACAAGAUGUAGGAGCUUUAAGAUGGCCUGUAGCUGCUGUGUUGCAAAAUUCGUAUAAAAUCAAAGAGAACUCCUGUAGAUAUGAGAAAGUUGUGUUGAAAUUGGACUUCUUUAAUGAGAAAGUCAAACAAAAGGCCAUGAAAAACGUCUCCAGUCUCCCAGGUGUGGAUUCAAUAGCCAUGGACACGAAAGACAAGAAACCGACUGUAACAGGGGAUGUAGAUCCAAAGUUAGCCUCAGGUGACUUGAUGAAGCUGGCUCGAUCUGAAGGAAUCUAUUCCCAGCUGGAGAAGUGGAACAACACUUUGCUCCACAUCCAAACUCUACUUGUUGAUGCAGCCAACAAGCACAUAACAGAUAGAGCUGUUGAUUUCUGGCUGCGUAAUCUCCAGGAUUUGGUUUACCAAAUAGACGAUAUACUCGAUGAUUUGGCCACAGAAGCAAUCCGGCACAAAUUAAAUAAAGAUUCUCAUGCCAGCUCCAGCACCAACACAGCUAAGCUACGGAAGCUAAUCCCGGGUGUUAAACAUACUCUAGGCUUGGAUGUGAAUGUUAAAAGGUCAAACAGAAGAAAUAGGAGGUUGGAGGAAACUUCACUUGUUGAUGAGUCCAAAGUUAUGGUUGGUCUCGGUGGGAUUGGCAAAACCACUCUUGCCAARCUUGUGUACAAUGAAAAGAGGGUUAAGGAUCACUUUGAGCUCCGGGCAUGGGUUUGUGUUUCUGAAGAGUUUGAUGUAUUUAAUAUCAGCAAGGCUAUUUUUCAAGCUGUAGCCAGGACGAAUCAAGAAUUUGCUAAUCUAGAUCUGCUUCAUGUGGCUCUUAAAGAAAGACUUUCCAACAAAAGGUUCCUAGUUGUUCUAGACGACGUCUGGAACGAAGACUAUAGAGAGUGGGAACUCCUCCAAAGCCCUUUUGUGGUAGGGGCACCUGGAAGUAAAGUUAUUGUGACGACCCGGAAGACCAAGGUUGCGUCGGUCAUGAACUCUUUUCAACCUUAUGAUCCCAAGGUUUUGUUUGAAGAAGAGGCUAUGUCUUUAUUUGCUCAAUAUGCUAUAGACGAACAAAACUUUGACAAGCAUCCAACACUUAAAUUGCAUGGUGAAGGCAUUGUGAAGAAAUGUGGCAGAUUGCCCUUGGCUUUGAUAACGCUUGGAAGGAUGUUGAGGACAAAAACAGAGGAUGAUGAAUGGGAGGAGGUGUUGAAAAGUGAGAUAUGGAAUUUGGACGAUGGAAGAGAGAUUCUUCCAGCUCUGAGAUUAAGCUACUAUGACCUCCCUUCACAUUUGAAGCAAUUGUUUGCAUAUUGCUCCUUAUUUCCCAAAGACUACGUGUUUGACAAGAACCAACUUGUCUUAUUGGAGUUGUUUGGACCUACUGAUUCUUUGCAUGGUAUUGUAUUUCCAUCACUUGAAAUUUUGAGCUUUAGUCAUAUGAAAGGUUGGGAGAGAUGGUCAACUAGACGUGGGGACAAUGAUGGAAUUGCUAGAUCAUUUCCUCGUCUUGGUAAUGUUUCUAAAGAUGUAUUUAAAAGCAUGGUUGGUGUGUCUUCAUCAAUUCGUGUGUUGAGAAUACAAAAUAUUGAAGGACUUGCUCAACUAAAUGGAGAAGUUUUAGAGCUUCUUGGGGCAGUUGAAGAUCUAAGCAUCACGGGAUGUGAUGAAUUGAGAUAUUUGUGUGAGUCAGAGUCGGAGGUGUGCAAGUUUCUUGUGAGUUUAAGGAAGUUGGAAAUAAGUUAUUGUAAAAAGUUGGUAUCAUUGCACGAGCUCCCAUCCUCUCUAGAGGCUCUUUCAGUUUAUCAUUGUGAUAACUUAGAAUCCAUUUCAGAUAAAAGUUUUGGUAUUAUUCCCCUGGAAUAUCUUCGGAUUAGUAGUUGUAAGAAUCUGAAGUCAUUUCCUCCUGAGCAUUUGGAAAGUCUCACAUCUUUGGACAGGAUGGAGAUAUCUGAUUGUCCAAGUAUGGAUUACUCAUUUCCUUGUGGGUUGUGGCCUCCUAAUUUGAUAAGCCUAACAAUAGGAUGCUUAAAUAAGCCCAUGUCAAAAUGGGGGAUUCAAAAUUACCCAACAUCACUUGUUGAUCUAACCUUAUUGGGAGGAAAUUCAGGAGUAGUUUCAUUUGUUGCAAAUGCAAAAGAUGUGACUUCAAAAUUACCCAACAUCACUUGUUGA